AUGACGAAUAAAUUAGCUUCCAAUGUUUCCUGGACUUACAGUAACCACACUCCCUCAGCCGCCGAAAAUCCCGUGUGGUAUCCUGGGAUUGUCAUUGCCGCCGUUUAUGGAUUUAUUAUACUCGUUGGACUUGUCGGCAACAUCACGCUUAUCAAGACAUUCUGCAGCGUGACGUCCAUGAGAACGGUUCCUAACUUGUUCAUGUCAAGCCUCGCGCUUGGGGACUUGCUCCUGCUUGUCACCUGCGCGCCGGUGGAUGCCAGCAGGUAUUUAGUGGACAAGUGGCUCUUCGGCAGAGUGGGCUGCAAACUCAUACCAUUCAUCCAGCUCACUUCGGUCGGAGUGUCCGUGUUCACGCUGACAGCGUUGUCUGCAGAUAGGUAUAAAGCAAUUGUGAAACCAAUGGACAUACAGACCUCCAACGCCACAGCAAAAAUAUGUAUCAGGGCUGCAAUGAUCUGGAUAUUUUCCAUGACUCUUGCCAUUCCUGAGGCUGUCUUUUCAGAUCUUCACACUUUCAGUGUUGCCCAGACCAAUGAGACAUUUGUUACAUGCGCCCCCUACCCUCAUGCUGGUGACCUGCACCCCAAGAUCCAUUCCAUGGCCUCCUUCCUCAUAUUCUAUGUCAUACCUCUCUUCGUCAUAUCCGUCUACUACUUUUUCAUUGCCAGGAGUUUGAUCAGAAGUGCCUGCAAUAUACCCGUGGAAGGUAACAUGCACAUCAGAAGACAGAUCGAGUCGAGGAAGAGGCUGGCAAAGAUGGUCCUGGUGUUCGUGGGCCUGUUCGCCGUGUGCUGGCUGCCCAACCAUGUGAUCUACCUGUACCGCUCCUACCACUACUCACAGGUGGACACCUCGCUGCUGCACUUCGUCUCCAGCGUGUGCGCCCGCAUGCUGGCCUUCACCAACUCCUGCGUCAACCCCUUCGCCCUGUACCUGCUCAGCCGGAGCUUCCAGAAGCAGUUCCAGAGGCAGCUGUGCUGCUGCUGCCCGCCGCUGACGCCGCAGUCCCAGUCGCGCGGGCGGAGCACCGUCCGCAUGACGUCGCUGAAGAGCACCCACCACUCUUUGGCAAGCUUCAGCCUGAUCAACGGCAACCACAUAUGCCACGAGGGGUGCGUGUAG